AUGCCUCGCUUCACCCUUGAGCAGCCACAAUCUUUUCAUUUGACAGGUUGCGCUCAAGAUCUCCAUGGUCUUCAUUACUCUAGUGCACCAGUCCUCUUAGAUUUUGGCAAGUCGGCCAGAUUUGUUCAGCAAGGUGUCGACGUCCAACCUUGCAGGAACGGUGCUGACCAGAAUCCCUCGCGUGUCCAGAGGAAUAUAUGGGAUCCCCAGUCUCCCGUAUCCUCUGACUUCGCCCACAAGCCGGCCAUAUUAAGUCCAGAAGGCGUCAAGAUCAAACAUUGUAGUGCUUACCGGGAUGAUUCUCUGGUUAAUAGUAAUGCAGUAAUUUCAUUACCACAAGCGGGCGGUCAUGAAAAUGGUUUGAAGCUGUAUAACAAUGAUCCCACGAAAAUUAUCAAAGACACCUACAAACUCGAGGUCAUCUUUUAUGAAAAACUGGCACCCAAACUCGACAAUGCCUUGGACACACAUUGGGAUGGUUGGAGAGCUCACUAUCAUGGCUGGGAGGCACUUGCUGGAGAAAAGAAUAAAAAAGAGCUCGCCUCCAUCAUUCUUGAAAACAUAGCGGCGUCUACUUCUAGCACAGAAUAUAAUCCAGAUUCCAAAUUUUUCUGGCAUCCUAAUGCUGUAGAUGUGAAGCUGGGAAAAAAUUUGGCCUCAGGAAUGGAAGUUGCAGACAAGAAAGAGCGUAAAGACGUCGUCUCGAGCAUAACUACAUCGGGGACCUUGGCUAUGCGCCUCACUGGUGCUGCGAUUUGGGACAACAAGAGACAGGGAUACGUUAAAAUACAUAAGAGGUAUGGUCAUACCGUCGAUGCUUCGGGGCGUGAUCUAGAAGAAAAAUUCAAUGCACUGUUUCCAAUAUCCGACGCUGAGGGUAAAAGCUUCGCUGGAAGUACCUUGAGUUACUAUGCAGGUGGCUUAUCCCCAAGAAUGAUGCAAGUGAUACUGAACUCUUUGAUUCCUCAAUUUGAAAAAUUAUUGCACCACGUUUCCGAAUUCAAAUGGAGUAGCCCCGCCACAAGUGUGUUGAUCAUUUUUGAAGGAGAUGCCCGAAGAUUAGAUAAAGUGAUUCAAUCGACUUCUCAGAUGUCACCAAAAAUUUCAGAUGUCAGGCUGAUUGACUUUGCUUAUACUAAAGAAGAUACUAAAGUAGAUGAAGACUUAGUGUUAGGUCUCAAAAAUACACUAAAACAAUUACAGAAUCUCUAUAGAAAUAUUGAGAAGUUGCAUUUGUAG